GAAGGACAGCGACAGUUGAUAGUGUUUUGUUUGACGGUGUAUGUUUACUAAUAUUAGAAAGUGAUGCGUGAAGUUUUCUCAUGCACUUAAUUGUAAAAGAAGAAGACGAGAACAAUGAAACGCGUGGUACAGGGUCAGGAUAAAAGUGCAAAGAUUAUUAAAGAAGAUCGGGAGGACAGUGAUGGAGAAGAGAUGGAACAUGAGUCCGGAGAGACGGACAAGUCCAGCUCCACCAGCGAGACGAGUGAUGCGGCCACUGACACGGAUGACAGUUCAGAAAUGGAUGAAGAAGAGUGUGAAAGAAGACGAACUGAAUGCAUGGAAAACUUAGUAGAUCUUGAGAGGCAGUUUAGUCUCCUUCGUGAACAGCUGUACCGCGAGCGCGUCACGCAGGUGGACACGAAGCUGUCGGAGGUGCGCAGCGGGCGCGCCCAGGAGUACCUGCAGCCACUGGAACAGCUGCAGCAGAACAUGCGGGUGCGCACCGAGGUGGCAGGCAUCCUGCGUGAGCUGCGCCUCGCCAACAUCCAGAACAAGUUCGACGCCGAGGAGCUCGCCGCACAGCAGAACCUCGAGAGUGAGAAGUCACUCCUCUGGGACUCGAUCCAGAGUGACCUGGAGGAAAAAAUCCGCCGCCUAGAGGAAGACCGGAAUAAUGUCGACAUCACUGCAGACUUGUGGCUCGUGGAGCAGUCGGCUUCAGCGGGUGGACUUACUGGCAGCGGUCGCAGUGGGUCGGGCAGCCGCCGGCACGGUUCGAGUGCCGGUGCCGACUGCGUGGGGGCUGGCGGGUGCGGCAACGGUGCGGGAGGUAGUGGCGGCAGUGGCUCAGGGUCGAGGCGGAAACCUGUGUCCGUGUCGGGUCCGUAUGUCGUGUACAUGCUGCGAGACACAGACAUCCUGGAAGACUGGACGGCGAUCAAGAAGGCCCUCUCCGUGUCCAAAAGAAAGUCUGAAUUAUACAUCUGACGAAAGUGAUGCACGUCACUGUGUGUGGGUGUGCCUUACGCUGCCAGCUGCACCUAUAUUCUCGGCGGUCUGCGCCGGCCGAGUGCUUUGCUCGUUUCUGGCCUCUUGCAAGUUACCGGAGGCUUUACUGACACUGUGCUCAUGCUCGCUGCUUGCACACUGAGGAAGUGUCCUUGGAGAAAUGCGAGAGUACAGUGUGGUUGCAGUUUCUCAAAAUGACAGUGUUCCGGUGCAGCUUUGCGUUCUGUGCUCUGCUCGGUCUUCUUCGCUGUUCUGCCCGUGUGCAGAACAGUAUGACAGUUUCUGGACUUUUACAUUUGUUGCUUGUGACUUGCUGGAAAUGAAAUCCAGUGCUGGGAUAAAAGUACUAUUCUUCCAAUGAGGCUGUUAAGAAUGCAGGCCUGCCGGAAACACAAUCACAGUGGCUGUUGCUAGAAUUUUGUCAAAACAGAGACUGAUGCGAUAGUACAAAGAACGCAGUUAAUGAAAAGAAUAACGAUUGUAUUGGCCCUCCACUGGAAUAUUCACACUCCCGCCACUCUUGACGAGGAAUAUUAAAUAAAACAUUAUAUUUCUUGUUGUAAUUUAAGACACAAAUAGUAUAUUGAAACAAUAUUAUAAUUCCUCACAUUAAGAUUUCCUUACACGCCGAAAGAGAAUUGGGUACAGCUCUUUAAAAAUCACAACAGACCCUGUUUUCCUUCCAGCUGUCCCCAUAAGUCAGUAUUCCUUUUUCUUUCUCUUCGUCUUGACCAACUGAUCUUCUCUUUCUCUGUGUCCACCCUAGUAAUGUGGGAAACCGCCUAGCACUCUAUACAUUCUCUUCCAGAAGUUGUGUGUCAUCCUUGUAUAGUAAUACUGCCACAGUACUGAAAACAGCAGGCAUUCCACUGCCCUAGAGCCAGGUCACUGUUCAGAUCGGAGUUUGCCUUAUUUUGAGCUUAUUGGACAUAGCUGAGAUUGGAACAAUCACACUGUAAAAUUGUUACUUCUCACACAAUGAGAUAAUUAUUAAAAAUUGGGAAGUAUGAAACUCAGACCUGCAAGUUUUUCUUCUUCAUAGAUAACUGACAAUGGGCCUUACAGAUGAGCACUCUUUGAUCUUCUUCUUACCCAUUCUUUGAUUUUCUUCAUACCCAUAGAACUUGAAGGUCAGUGCACAGACAUCAAUUUCCUAAAAUAGUGUGAUACCAUUACCAAAAAUGCUCAAAAAAACUUUGUUUGAAAAUUUGGAGAUUCCAAAUGUUAAUCAACAAAUAUUCAAGACAAUCUUAUUUUUUAUCAAAAUAAAUUUUCAUUUUUACAUACUAAUUGCAUGAUUUAUGAGUAUUCAUAAUAAGUUAAAUAUUUUUAGUAAUAUAUUUUUUUAAUUACUGGACUGAUGAUACGAAACAAUAUAUUGAUCACCAAUUACAUUAUGAAAUUUAUCACCAUCAAUGUACUUUCCUAGUGAAUUACUAGAAUGCACCAUACAAAUUUUCCAUUGUUCAAAGCUAAGUCCGCUUGUGUCAGUGUGUUGAAAACUUCCAUCACUUUUACUUUCACUGCUUCUACACUUGUCGCCAUAAGCACGCAUUUGACCUUCGGAAAUCAAAAAAUGUCACAGAGGGCCAGGUUGAGCAAAUGCAGUGGGUGGUCCAUUCACAAAGAAUGCUGUCACAGACAAAGGCAGAAUGGGCUGGCGCACUGACAUCGUGAAACACCCAGGACUUGCUGUUUCACAAAUUGGAUCUUAGUCUCCUCACUCUUUCCGUAUCAGAACCACAGUGUAUUGAUUGACUGUCUGGCAUUCGGGGGUCCAGUGGGGGAAGGGGUGUGUCAGGGAAUCACAUCACGACUUUGAAUUUUGAUUUGCUUGUCUUCCCUUAUUUUGACACAGUGAAACUGGGCCCUUCCAAUGCAUGGACUGGCACUGUUUCAGGAUUGUAGGUUAAAAAAAAAACACACACACACACACACACAGUUUGUCACAAGAAAUCACUUUCUCUAAAAUUUCUGGAUCAUUAUCAGUGUUGUUUAAAAUGUCACACAAAUUUUCAUUCUCAAUUAAAAAAAAGACUUACACGUUCUCUGUUAAUUCCUUUUAUUUCAAUAAGAGCUCGGACACUCAGAUUAUGAUUUUCUCAACGGUGUCUCAGUUUUUAUGUUGUUGUGCACUUUUGAUAUUGAAGGUCAUCCUGGAAUGGAUCAUCUUGGGUCAUUUCACUUAGCUCCUUAAAUCUUUUGAACCACUCAAAAUGUGUUUGUGAUAAAAUUCACUUCAAUAUACUUUCUUUAGCAUGACAGAUCUCCUUCCUCAGUUUCACUGAGAACUUGUUAACUCAUUGCCCCAUCUGAACACUUUGCAUUUUCUGAGACGCUAGCCACAGGGAUGUCAACGGACAAUUGCUACAGUGAGACUGAGUGACUGUGGAGCUCAUGGUGGGAAAAGCAUGAACCAACAAAAACAAUGUUCAGAUCUCCCACAGUUUGCUUGUUGUUUGCUGGUAGCAGCACCAGUCCAGUUAUUUAACUGUCACACCCCAUAUAUUUGUAUUUUCAUAAUCUCCACAUAUAAAUAAAAUAGUUGUAUGAUUUCUAAAUGUUUCUCAUUUUUGUAUCAAAUUUCAAUUCAUUACAAUUUACUUGAUUAACAGUACUACUUAUUUAUAAACACUGAAAUCAAAUAAAUUCUGCAUCUAGUGGGAAUCAAACCAGCAACCUUGUGAUUACAAGAUUAGCACACUACAAGUGAUUUAAUAACACAAGUUGAAAUGUUUUGUGCUUAAUGGUACCCAGAAAACUUCAAAGUCAAUAAUUUCAAGUGUUUUUGAAAAUUGGACUGUAUUGCUUUAGGAAAUUGAUGUCCUGGCAUUGAGCUUCAAAUCUUACAAGAACGAAGAAAAUUGAAGGGGGCCAGUUCAUUUGAUCCCUUUGUGAAUAACCAUCAUUUUCUGAAUGUUUUUGCAUUAAUCAUCCGGACGACAUGUAAAUGGUCGUUGCCUGUGCACAUACUUUUAUUUGCAUUUGCCAGCGUGCCUUGUAAUGCACACGUUACAUACUUGUACAAGGAUACAGAAUAGCUGUCUGAUAUUAACCUUUGGGGUGUGAAAUUCCAAUCACUGUAGAUAAACAAAUAUACAAGUAGAAAAAAUUAUCUUAUCUUUCAGAAUUGUUAGUUGCUACCUCAUGGUGGAAAGAUAUAUACAUUGGGGAAAGGUAUAAAGGAGGGGAGGGCCAUGUAUCAAGGUGUUUUGUCGAGUUGUCAUUUCCAUUUUAUGUGUAAUGUUUCGAUUACUGACCUAGCCGUCUUCUUCAGAUACUGCAAGUUUUGCUGUUCUGUGUACUCAACAAACUAGUUGGAGUCCAGGCUGCAAAUCCAUUAACAGCAAAACCCACAGCACCUGAAGAAAAUGGCAGGAUCAGUCAUCAAAAUAUUGAGCAUAGAAUGGAAACUACAACUUUGAAGAAUAAAGUGCACCCUUAUGGGGUAGGUCACUCAGAAUAAAGAUUUAGUGGGCCUCUCCUUUCUAGCCUUCUCCAGCCUAUUCAUUUUUUCUCCUUUAGGAUGGAACUAAUAGUUUAGGAUGUUAGGAUAGUUUUUUUCUAUUUUUGUGUGUGGAACUUUGCGUUCUGUAAAUAAGUACUGGCCAGCCAUAAUGUUACCCUUUUCUCAACUGAAUCUUCCUCUACAUAUAUUACAUUGUUUGGCUACUUAUUACUAUCUUCUAAUGUGAUAGUUUACACACAUACCAAUUGUCACAUCAUAACUUGUCCAUUGAGCAUUGAUAAAUGAACACAUACUCCAAAAUAGUUAGUGAAAUCAGGACUGAAAUUACUUGCAAGUUACAUAAACCCUCUUGUUCUCAUCUCUGACACAAUUUCAGUCUUUUCAAAAUACUUCUGAACAGACUCUGACAUCCCAGAAACCUACCUGGCCUGACUGCCGACAGCACUAGUUUAUAGUAGGAACUUUUUCUCCGCAGAAAAAACAAAUCAUGUUCAUUACAGAAUAAUAAAACUGAUCACCUUCCUAAGAGUCAUUGACACAUUUUCUCUAGUAUUUUGGCAGCUGUUCGCAAUUUGAUUGUUGCAGUGGGUAGAUGGAGUGAGUCCAAACGCAUACUGCUCAUCAUGUCUCAUGAGACAUCCAUUGUCAAUGGAUGUCUCAUGAGACAUCCACUGUCAAUGGAAAAUAUUAGUUUUCUUCUUUUUUUUUUAAAUUGAAAUUUUGUGUGCCAAUUCAAGGGAAUUGUCCCACAUUAGUAUGGUGUGAUAUUUAGUAUAAUAAUAUUUAUUAAAAGGGGCAGCAAAAGAUCAAGGGUAAGUGGUACUUCAGCCACACAUGUGUAGUGCUGCUACGUGCCAGUAGUUGACAGAUCAGUGCUCAAGACAGGACAAGUGGGCAUAUGAAAGCUGAAACAUCUGGUGGUUCCAAGAAAAUAUUCUGCAAAUGAUGAUGCAUGGGGUGCGGUGUUAGCAAUGUGCCUACAUACCUUACACUCAAUGUCUAUGAUGUAGUCGGCGAAUGACAGACAGACACUGAAAUAUUGGCUAACAUCUGUUCGCAAGUCUUUUCUUAUGCUAUAUGUCCCUUGUUGUCUCAAGUGCCUGCCCACACUGUGCUGUCUUUCUCUGACUGCCAUGUAGCAACACCAGCCACUCAGUGCUGGAGUUACGGUAAAGCUGCCUCUGCUAACACAUAUUGUUAAACCAAACAUUGUCCUAUGCUAAUUUAGGACACCAAAAUCAAAUGCACACAUCGCAUUCCUUUUCAAAAAAACAUUUUGUUUGCAACAAGAAAGACACUGAUAUUUUCCAUUGAGACUGGGUGUUACACAAAGCGUGUUACGAGUCGUAUUUGUGUGGGAUGACUUCAUCUGCACACUCGAAAUGGCAGUUGCAAAUAUUUGCCAAAAGACCAGAGACAGUCUAGCAUAUCAACACCAGGGCCACAUAUUAUCCUCCAGUGCAGAUAACUAAAACUGAAAUGACCACUUUUAUGACUGUCCUGCAGCACUUAUGUCUCUAUGCAUUGUUCAGACCCAUAUUUUGAGAACUUACAUUGUCAAAGCCAUGAGGUAGACGUGGCCUAUGCGGAAUGUCCACAUCAUUCCGAGUUGAGGGAAGUAUGGUAAUGCAGGGUUCUCAGUGGUAUACAAGUACUGUAAAAGUACAAGUAGCAACUCGCUGAAUAGUUGAGGCACUAAGCCAUUAGUAGCCUCAUUAACAAGACUGAGAAUGUUGUCGCUAGCUUUCAGACAAAUGCUUCUUCAAAGCUACAUAGUACGCAUACACCUGAAUGGCUACAUUGUCCUGGCCAGGACAAAAUGUGUGUGUGUAUGUUUACAUGUACUCCUUAGUUCUGAAGAUAAGGGUGAACUUAAAUCACAUUAGACAGUCUGAUAUGGUAUUCAUGUGACAAAAAUUAAUGAGCCAUUGUGGUUGUUUGACCCAGGUUGCCUGUUUGUUGUGAUGACUACUCAGUAUUCUAUGUUCAUUUCUGUGUAUAUAGCGUUUUAAUAACAAAAAUCCAUUUGCUGUUUGAGUGCCUUUAGAAUAUUCCCAUGCAUUAAAUUGCAGCAGAUGUGGAUAAUAAGGCUCGUGUCAAUCCCAGAUGAAGCAUCUGUCAUGAAUUUAUGAAUAUGAAAGCCACUGACUUAAGAUGAGGCAUGCACUUACAUGUUUGUGCAUCCUGUAGAUAUCUCAGCUGGAAAAGGAUUUUUUUUAGAUAAAUAACUACAAAUUAAUUCAGGUGUGCUGUGCUUGUGAUUUUGUUUAUUUGUAAAAUAAUUUCAGUGAUGUAUCACAUAAGGAAAUUUAUUUUAUUUUUGGAAUGCUAAACAAGUCCUUAUAAUUUUUUUUAAUGAUGUGGUGAUGUUACCGCCGUGUUAGGCAGACAAACUGUCAUGUUAGGCAGAGAUUGUUAAAUUGGACAGUGCACUUUUUAAUGCUGCCAGUGGUUUUUUCACUUUGAGUGCGUGUUUUCUGUAGGUCGUUAGUGCCUGGAUGGUCAGAUCUGCCAAACUGGUACAGACAACAGCGAGAUAACUCGGCAGCAGCAUUCGCCAUGAUUGAAUCAUUGUCACAGUUUGACUGCUCAGUUUUGAUAAUUUGUCAUUGAGUAUGAAAAAUGGGGCAGUCCAGUUUUCUUGUGAUGGCAACAAGCAUGUUACUUUUUACUUACAGACAACACGCACAGGUGGUACACAACCUGUUAUUUUCUAUUCUGUACAGUUACUAAUAAAAUAUUACAAAAACCAUGCAGCUUAUAAUUGUUGUCCUUUAGAGUCUAAGCAAAUAGGGAAUUUUCUAUAUACCUGUAUGUGGUAUGGCUCAUAAAAUAUGCAGACUUUAAGUUUACAACUUGUUUUGCAACAAAUAAUUUGUUUCGUCUAAUUUGUACUGUAGCAGAUAAGACUAAAUUAGUGUCAUUUAUUAUCAGAAACCUAAAGUAACUUGUGCAACAGCAGACUGAUACGGUGCUUCUAAAAUUUGAAACAUUAGUUACUUGUACAUGGGCUAGGUGAAAAGUUCUCUACCUUGGGUUAGUAUCAAUAAAAUUUUCUUUUUAUUACAUUGA